UUUAAAAAGAGAACAACACACUCACAAAACAAAACAUAUUAACACAAACUAGAAAAGAAGAAAAAAAAAAUGGAAAAUUGGUUGAAGUUUGUUGGAGUUUCUUUGUUGAUUUCAAUUUUUAUGAUAAGAGUUUUUGGUAAUUUAUGGUUAAGACCAAGAAAAAUUGAAAAACAUUUUGCUAAACAAGGUAUUAGAGGUCCACCUUAUAAAUUCUUCAUUGGAAAUGCUAAAGAAAUUGUUAGUCUAAUGUUAAAGGCUUCUUCUCAAACUAUGCCUUUAUCACACAAUAUUCUACCAAGAGUUCUUUCCUUCUAUCAUCAUUGGAAGAAAAUUUAUGGUGCAACAUUUCUAGUGUGGUUUGGGCCAACACCACGUUUGGCUGUGGCUGAUCCUGAUCUUAUUAGAGAAAUUUUCACUACAAAAUCUGAAUUUUAUGAGAAAAAUGAAGCUCAUCCAUUGAUAAGACAACUUGAAGGAGAUGGUCUUCUUAGUCUCAAAGGUGAAAAAUGGGCUCAUCAUAGGAAAAUUAUUACCCCUACUUUCCAUAUGGAAAAUCUCAAAUUGUUAGUACCAGGGGCAGCUAGCAAAGUGAUUGAAAUGUUGGACAAAUUGACACCAAAUUUAAAGAAUGGAGAGAUAGAAAUUGAAGUAUCAGAGUGGUUUCAAACUCUAACAGAAGACAUUGUAGCACAAACAGCUUUUGGCCAUAGUUAUAAACAAGGAAAAGCUAUUUUUAGGCUACAAGCUCAACAAAUGGUCCUUGCUUCUGAAGCAUUUCAAAAAGUCUUCAUACCUGGCUACAGGUUCCUACCCACGAAGCGAAACAUCAAAUCGUGGAAACUUGACACGGAGGUUAAGAAGUUGUUAAUGACCUUGAUUCAAGAAAGGACAGAUAAUUGGGAGAAGAAUGAGAUGCAAGAAAACAAUGGGCCAAAAGACUUAUUGGGCCUUAUGAUCCAAGCAAGCAUCAAGGAAUCAUCACAAUUAUCAUCAUCCAUUAACAGCCCAAUUCAUCAUAGUUCUUCAACACAUAAUCAUAAUAAUAAUCCCUCCAUGAUCACUGCAAAUGAUAUUGCUGAAGAAUGCAAAACUUUCUUCUUUGCUGGUGAACAAACGACGUCGAAUUUGCUGACGUGGACGACCGUCUUACUAGCUAUGCAUCCACAGUGGCAAGACCUAGCACGCGACGAGGUGAUCAAAGUGUGCGGCUCACGUGCCAUACCUUCCAAAGAUGAUCUUGCCAAGCUUAAAAUGCUGAGCAUGAUUCUCAAUGAGUCCUUGCGCCUUUACCCUCCGAUCGUCGCGACGAUUCGAAGAGCAAAGGCUGAUGUGGAUCUCGGAGGAUGCAAAAUCCCUCUCGGGACCGAAGUAUUGAUUCCGAUUCUAGCGAUUCAUCAUGAUCAAGCUAUAUGGGGUAACGAUGCUAACGAGUUCAACCCUUGUAGAUUCUCCGAAGGGGUGGCUCGAGCCGCUAAGCAUCCUGUGGGGUACAUUCCAUUUGGGCUUGGAGUUCGCCAAUGCAUAGGUCAGAACUUAGCCAUCUUGCAAACUAAGUUGACUCUAGCAAUUAUACUUCAGCGAUACGUCUUACGAUUAUCACCACAAUAUAAACACGCUCCAACUGUGUUGAUGCUACUUCAUCCUCAAUAUGGUGCACCCGUCAUCUUCAAACAACGGUUGACUCAUGACCCCACAAUUGACAAAAGCUCAUAACAUGUCUAGUCUACUUUUGGUGUGUGAGUGCAUAUAUUCUUGGAGAAAA